CAGAUUUGUGCUGCGUGCCGGACAUAUGGAUGUCGGAAGGCAGGAUCGUGAAGCUGGCAUCAUCGACCACUCUCUCCAUCACCUCAUCGUCUCACCAACACCCCUCCAAUCACCGACCUCUGACUCCCAAUGUUAACCACAGUAUCAUCAGUAAUGGUACACACGUUCCUAACCAUCAUCAUCAACCGCACCACCAUCAUCACCCUCAAUCGGCCUGUAUGACCACAAACUCAGUUAUCAACCACGAUUCUUUGGGAGCAGUGAACCUGCCUUUGAAAUUAGAGAGACCGACUCCGACCGCGACGCCAACCUCCAGCUUGUCCAUGACUCCGACCCCUAACAGCACGCCAAUUCUGCACCACCCCAACUACGCUGCCAUCAUGGAGCCUGUGCAGAACAUGCCGCUUGACUUGCACAUCGGGGAUUCGUGCGAGAGUUCGGACACUGAUCCCAAUGCCAGUCUUGACUACGUUCAGAAUAGCAACGGGAGCACAACGUGUCGGCUGUGUGGGGAACUUCUGCCAUCCCGCAACCACUGGUACAGACACAAGUACAAGACUCACGCUUCGUCUCUGUAUCGGUGUGACGACUGCGGUGUAGUUUACAAGAGCAAGAGAGGCUACGAUACACAUAUGGAGGGCAAGCAUGCCAAAGUGAAAAGUUCAUCAGCGGAGCGACCGCGCCGGCGAGACUGGGAGGGCGUCAACCGAGUCAUGGAAGAGGCCAAGAGACAGCAGGAGGAGGCCAUGGUGAAGGCCAUCAUCGCCAGAGUGAAGAUAGAGUGCGCCAUGGAGGGGGAAGANCCGCAGACGAAUAGAAAAUUAAUCUUCAGUAGAAUCAAGAUUUUAAAGGAAUCUACCAUAGCUGAAGCUGUAGUACGUGAGCCUUGCUGGCUGUUAUUAAUUCAGGAAGCACAGCUCGAUUCAAUAAAAGAAGCGAACCUGUAA